CUUGAAGUCAGGGAAGCGAGGUGCACUGUGGAUGUAUUUCCGGGAAGAAGAGGAAGCGGCGACACAGUGUAAGGCCUUGAGAUGUCCCGUGUUCCACUUGGAAAAGUCCUACUUAGAAAUGUCAUACGACACACAGAUGCCCAUAACAAGAUUCAGGAAGAAACAGAAAUGUGGAAAGUCAGAGAACUGGAAAAACAGACUGAUACACACAGAACAGAGAGGAGAAGAGUGUCGCCAGAUCUGAACAGAUGGGAUCAUAAUGGCUACAAGGAGCUCUAUCCAGAGGAGUUCCGUGAUAACAGAAGUCGUAUGAGAUCAGAUGGGUUUAAUGCAGCUGUGAAUCGGGUCACUGCAAAAAGUGAAGUUGCAGCAGAAGUUACUCUAAGACAAGAUGCGCUGAGUGUACGAGCCUUGAACAAGAAGUAUUCUGAAUGUGAGGCUGGCACUCCUGACAGAUGGGGGCAUAGUGGGUAUAAAGAAAUGUACCCUGAAGAAUUUGACACAGACGGCGAUCGAGAGGAAGAAAAGAGUAAAGGGAAAGCUAAUGGACAAGAAAAAUCAAGGCGCAAAAACCAAAAAGAACAAGAGUCUCACAAACGGAAACGAUCAAAGAAGGCUCACAAGAAGAAGCAGAAGAAGCGUUCACACAAAAAGCUGAAGAAGAGAAAGAAAGAGCAGGUGGAAAGUACAGAGUCUUCAAGUGAAAGCUCAGACGAAUCAGAGGAAAAGCGAAAGAAGUCCAAGCGAAAGAAGACAACCCGGAAAAAGAGGGCAAAGAAGCGGCCAUCAUCCUCCGGACAAGAUAGUGACUCAUCAAGUGAUGAGAUGAGCAGUACAGAAGAUGCUGAAAUAGAGGAACGCAAAGAAAGAUGGACUGAAAAACCCAGGAAGAAACAUCGUAUUAGUCAUAAGAGAUCAAAAUCUAAAAAAGACUCAGAAACAGAGACCAGGAAAAGUAGAAGGACCAACUGGAAAGUGGCCAAAGAUGAAAGCUCAGAGAGCUCCGAUGAGGACUAAAUGUCUGCAUAUCCCUGUUCUGAUUUUAUCAGCCUGAAAUCACAGGCAUAAAGUUUUUUGUAUUUUUUUUUUUUUUUCAACCAUUUAAAAUGUGCAAUAUUUUGUUCCAAAUAUAUAGUCCUAUGG